GGCGCCCUUGGUGAGCGAGGCCCCUCAGGAGCAGCCGGGGGCAUCGGACUGCCAGGGCGUGGGGGUAAUCCGGGACCUGUGGGCCCUGCAGGGGAGAAGGGGGCACCGGGUGAGCGAGGCCCAAUGGGCCCAGCUGGGCAAGAUGGAAUCCCUGGUCCAGUGGGACUUCCUGGCCCAGCCGGACCACCAGGACUUGCUGGAGAAGAUGGUGACAAGGGAGAGAUGGGUGGCCCAGGACAGAAGGGAAGCAAAGGGGACAAGGGGGAAGCGGGUCCCCCAGGGCCUACUGGGAUCCAGGGACCCAUCGGGCAUCCGGGCCCUGCUGGAGUGGACGGGGAGCCUGGUCGCCGAGGACAGCAGGGUAUGUUUGGCCAGAAAGGAGAUGAGGGAGCCCGUGGAUUCCCAGGAACCAGUGGCCCAUCUGGUUUACAGGGGAUGCCAGGCCCCCCAGGAGAGAAGGGUGAGAGCGGUGAUGUUGGCCCAAUGGGCCCACCAGGAGCUCCAGGACCUCGUGGCCCACAGGGUCCAAUUGGCGGGGAUGGCCCACAGGGACAACCAGGCGGCAUAGGACAACCUGGUCCUGUUGGAGAAAAGGGUGAACCAGGUGAAGCAGGGGACCCUGGAUCGCCCGGGGAACCAGGCCGACCGGGGGUGAAGGGCUAUACAGGCGAAAAAGGCGAUUCUGGCCCAACAGGGGCUGCAGGAGCCCCUGGCAAGAAGGGUCCCCCGGGAGAAGACGGGGCCAAAGGGAAUCUGGGUCCGAUAGGCUUUCCUGGUGACCCAGGCCCAUCCGGCGAUCCUGGCCCUCCUGGUGUUGAUGGUGUUCCUGGUGAGAAAGGUGACAUGGGGGAUCCUGGACUUCCAGGACCCCCGGGAGCUUCUGGGGAGCCAGGUCCUCAUGGACCACCAGGGAAGAGGGGACCUCCUGGGCCAGUGGGCCGUGAAGGCCGACAGGGUGAGAAAGGGGCCAAGGGGGAGCCUGGCACAGAAGGGCCCCCAGGAAAGACGGGCCCUGUGGGCCCCCAGGGCCCUCCAGGUCGACCUGGCUCAGAAGGUCUACGAGGGAUUCCUGGCCCAGCAGGUGAACAAGGAUUGCUGGGAGCACCGGGUCAGGCAGGUCCACCGGGGCCCAUGGGUCCCACCGGACUUCCGGGCCUCAAAGGUGAUCCCGGGUACAAGGGAGAGAAGGGCCAUGCUGGACUCAUUGGGUUGAUCGGUCCCCCAGGUGAGAUGGGUGAGAAAGGUGACCAGGGACUGCCAGGGAACCAGGGGACACCAGGCCCUAAGGGCGACCCCGGAAUUGUUGGACCCCUUGGCCCUCCAGGCCCACCAGGAUCUCCAGGGCUCUCGGGACCUCUUGGGCAGAAAGGCAAUAAAGGCUCCCCGGGACCCAUUGGACCACGAGGUGAUCCAGGACCUCCCGGACUGCCCGGGGAACCGGGUCGUCCAGCCGAGUUCCGGGACCCGCUGCCUAUGGACAGUGGCCGUAAGAGCCACCGAGACUGGGAGCCGGGAGAGCAGAGAGAUGCGCCCAAUGAACUGGAUGCUGACCCCGAUGCCGAUGGGCUGGCAGAAGUCCUAGCGGCCCUGAGCUCCCUCCGCGAGGAGGUGGAACACAUGCGAUGCCCGCUAGGUACCCCAGAGAGCCCAGCCCGGGUCUGCAAGGAGCUGCAGUUUUGCCAUCCCCACGUCACAGACGGCGAAUACUGGAUUGACCCCAACCAAGGCUGCAGCCGUGAUGCCUUUCGAGUUUUCUGCAAUUUCACAGCUGGCGGGGAAACCUGCUUGUUCCCGGACAAGAAAGUCGAGGCUGUACGACUCGCUGCCUGGAGUAAAGAGCAGCCAGGAAGUUGGUUCAGCACCUUCAAGAGAGGCAAGAAGUUCUCCUAUGUGGACGCCGACGGCAACCCUAUUCGCGUGACCCAGCUCACGUUUCUGCGCCUGCUCAGUGCCAUCGCCCACCAGAACUUCACCCUCCUCUGUCAAAACACGGUUGCCUGGUACGAGGCCGACUCCGGCGACCACUCCCGGGCCUUGCGCUUCCUCACCCAGGGCGACACGGAGCUGAUGCACAGCAGCACAGGAGCGCCGAUCCGUGCCUUGUACGACGGCUGCCAGGCACGCAAGGGCCAGGAGCGGACAGUCCUGCAGAUCGCGACGCCACGCAUGGAGCAGCUGCCCUUGAUCGACGUGGCCGUUCAGGAUUUUGGGGACACCAACCAGAAGUUUGGCUUUGAGCUGGGGCCCGUCUGCUUCGGUGGCUGAGCCCUUCGAAAGACGGACAGCUCCCCUCUAGACUGUGGGCCCCUCCCGGGGGAAGGGAGAGCUAGAAUCCCCCCCUCUCCCUGCAAUGGGGGAGAGGAGCGCAGCAGAGGAGCCGGCCCUGCCGAGACCUGCCGUUGCAUUUAACCCGACGACAGCCUCCUAUUUAUGCGGCCAAGGUCCUGGGCCAAGACUCCUGGGGGAGCAUCGCAGGGCCCAGACUGAGCCAGGGCCCCCUUCCCCGCUCUGCAGCCCCAGCAAAUGGUGCUACGACAAUGCCUUAGUGAAGCACUGGACUGACUGCCUGGAACUGGCCCCUCUGCAGGGAUGGUGCAAGGGAGACCACAUCCCACACUUCUGACCUCCUCCAGUUAAGGGCACAGGGGCAUCCCGGUCUUGCCAGGUGCGUUUUGGGAACUCAGGACCAACCUACCGGCACAGCCAUCUCCACAAACGGACAUGGGCAUAGGGAUUGGGUGUGGGAAACGGCCGAGUGGCGCAAGCCACCAGUGGAGACUUGGAGUCUGAUUAAAACGAUGGCCAAGGUUCAAGGACUGAAUGGUAGGAGAACCCAGAAUCUCCAUGCUGGUCCGACUGAAUUCAGCUCAGUUGAAUAAUGCCUGCUCUGGUAUGGCAUCGUAUCCAAGUAUUAUAGUAUUAUCUAAUAGUACAGAUCUUUCUGAGGCAUCUUAUCGGUAGCGGGAUGGAGAAAGGGUCAUCUCCACCAAGAGUGGCCCAGAUGCUCUACUCAGAGUCUUCAUUCCCAUUUUAACCGGAGUUCACUGUUGUCUGCUUCUGCCCACGUGCUUGGUGGUUAACCAUGUAAAGUGGGACAAAGUCAGGGGAGCUGGGAAGAAGUUAAGUCUACCCCCCCCAAAAAAAAAUAUCCCGGCUAUGAACCUGCGACCGUCACCACCACGCAGUGACAAGGAACAGGGUGCCCUGGUCUUCUAGCUCCUCACCUGUCAUUCCGUCCAUCCCAGGUGGACCAUGGAGGAUUCUGGGUUCUUCUUUUCCAGACCUCGGCCGAGCUCAGACUGGCAGUUUGCCCCAAUAUAGGCACGAGCCCGAAAUGUUUCACAAACGGAUUA